GAGCUGUACACAGCCUAGUCUCGCACGGCACGAAUUACAUGCAGGCGAGGGGCUGCGGAGAGCUCGGGGGACAAGACAUUUAUCUACAUAUAUUUAUAUGAGAAAAAUAUGCAUCACUUCUUUAUAUAAGAGUCCACUUGGUAUGUUUUUUUACCCCCUUCUGCCGUUCAACUGGAUCUGAACGAUAAGUCUGAACUUGGAUUUUUUUUAAACCUUCAUCUCCCACCCUCCGAAGUUUUAAUUUUCCUCAGAAGAGUUUUUUUUUGCUUGCCUAGCGAAACUGAGAGGUGCCACUCCAGUUGUGUUUUGUUUUUGCAACCCCACGCCCCCCCCCCCCACCCCCCUCCAACUUCUCUAUCUCCUGUCUUCCUUGGAGCAGCGAGUAUUUGGCUGAGACAGGAGGGAGUCCGGCCCCGACUACACUAUGUGGAUACGGUGGCUGCUGAAACUUUCCGUGGGAUUUACAACUCUCUUAUCUGUUGCGGUACAGACAGGCGUAGAUGCGGCGGAACCAAAUCCCAAUGCUGAUAAAUAUAAUAACAGCAACCAGAAGACUGUAAAUAGGUUAAAACGACGAGGCGGAUCGAGCCAGGACGUACUGAAAGGGCCAAAUGUUUGUGGAUCACGUUUCCAUUCAUACUGCUGCCCGGGUUGGAAAACGUUACCUGGUGGAAACCAAUGCAUUGUCCCAAUUUGCAGGAACUCGUGUGGUGAUGGGUUUUGUUCACGACCAAACAUAUGCACGUGCCCAAAUGGUCAGAUAGCGCCAACAUGUGGCUCAAAAUCAGUCCAACAGUGCAACAUUCGUUGCAUGAAUGGUGGGUCCUGUGCUGAGGAUCACUGUAUUUGUCAGAAAGGAUAUACUGGGACUCAUUGUGGGCAGCCUAUCUGUGAGAAUGGCUGUUUGAACAGUGGAAGAUGUGUUGCUCCCAAUCGAUGUGCCUGUACGUAUGGAUUUACAGGAGCACAGUGUGAACGAGAUUACAGAACUGGACCAUGUUUUACAUCAGUAGAAAAACAGAUGUGCCAAGGACAACUGACCGGCAUUGUUUGCACCAAAAUCCUUUGCUGUGCAACUGUUGGACGAGCCUGGGGGCAUCCAUGUGAGAUGUGUCCCGCCCAGCCACAACCAUGUCGUCGUGGUUUUAUUCCAAAUAUUCGAACAGGAGCUUGUCAAGAUGUGGAUGAAUGCCAAGCUAUUCCAGGAAGCUGCAGUGGAGGAAAUUGUAUAAACACUGUAGGCUCUUUUGAAUGCAAAUGCCCAGCUGGACAUAGAUUUAGUGAAGUGACUCAAAAAUGUGAAGAUGUUGAUGAGUGCGCUACUGUUCCUGGUAUAUGCCAAGGAGGUGACUGCUCCAACACAAUUGGAAGUUAUUUUUGCAAGUGUCAACAUGGUUACCUACCUACUGGAGAUGGUUCAAGAUGCAUUGAUGCACGUCCUGGAGUUUGCUAUUUUGGUCUGGUUAAUGGUCGCUGUGCUAAAGAAAUACCAAGACCUUACACCAAAUUGCAGUGCUGCUGUGACAGUGGUCGGUGUUGGUCAGCUGGUACAAUUCCAGAAAUGUGUCCAAUGCGUGGAACUGAUGAAUAUAUCAAGUUGUGCGUUGAUAAUUCUUGGACAGAUAUUGAAAUUAGACCCAGGCCUGACAGUGAAGUCAGGCCUGUUGAUGGUCAUCGGCCUGACAGUGGACCUGACUAUUGGACUAAUGGGCGUCGUCCUCACCUUGGACCUAGACCUUUAAAUGUAACUGAUUAUUGCCAGAUUUAUAGAAACCUCUGCUUAUAUGGACAAUGCAUUCCACUUCAAGGGCCUAGUUAUCGCUGCGAGUGUUAUAUGGGUUAUAAACUUGAUGCAAGAGGAGAGUGUGUUGAUGCUGAUGAGUGUAUAAGCAAUCCCUGUAUGCAUGGAAAAUGUGAGAACACGCAAGGAUCUUACUUCUGUCGUUGUGAUCCAGGCUUUCAAAGCACUGCUACUAAGAUUACAUGUGUGGAUAUUGAUGAAUGUGUUCAGAAUGGUCAAAUCUGUAAACAUGGUCGUUGUGUGAAUACGGAAGGCAGUUUCCAGUGUAUUUGUAAUGCUGGGUUUCAGCUGACACCGGAUGGGAAAAAUUGCAUGGACCAGGAUGAAUGUUCCCAGAAAAACAUGUGUAUGAAUGGAAUGUGCAUCAAUGAAGAUGGCAGCUUCAAGUGCAUCUGUAAACCUGGCUUUGAAUUAGCUUCUCAUGGGCGUGUAUGCAUUGACAUUGAUGAGUGCCACACACCAGGAAUUUGUAUGAAUGGACGAUGUGUGAACACAGAUGGCUCAUACCGGUGUGAAUGUCCUCCUGGCCUAGCUAUCGGAAUUGAUGGACGAGUUUGUGUUGAUACUCAUAUGAGAAGCACCUGCUAUGGUGGCUACAAGAGAGGCCAGUGUGAUCGCCCAUUACCAGGAGCCUUCACCAAAUCUCACUGUUGCUGUGCCAAUACUGAUCAUGCCUUUGGAGAACCAUGUCAACCUUGUCCAGCAAUUAAUUCUGCUGAAUAUCAUGCACUUUGCAGCAGUGGACCUGGUAUGACAAGUGAUGGGAGAGACAUCAAUGAAUGUGCAUUGGAUCCUGACAUCUGUCCUAAUGGAGUGUGUGAGAACACUCGUGGCAGUUACCGAUGUGUUUGCAAUUCUGGUUAUGAGGUUGAUAUAUCUGGGAAAAAAUGUGAAGAUAUCGAUGAGUGUUUUAUUAAUAGCCUGUUAUGUGACAAUGGUCUCUGCAGAAACACACCUGGGAGUUUUACUUGUUCCUGCCCAAAGGGAUAUGUAUUUAAACCUGAAUCUGAAACAUGUGAAGAUGUAAAUGAAUGUGAGACCAAUCCUUGCAUUAAUGGAGAAUGUAAGAAUGUACCCGGCAGCUAUUCAUGUCAGUGUUUUCCAGGAAGUACUCUUGACGCAUCAAGAACUCAGUGCAUAGAAACAGUUAAGGGCACAUGCUGGUUGCAACAUAUUGGUGGACAAUGCGAAAUAAACAUCAAUGGUGCUACACUGAAAUCAGAAUGCUGCUCAACAUUGGGUGCUGCAUGGGGGAGUCCAUGUAUUCCUUGUAAAAUAGAUAGUAUCUGCCCUAGAGGAUACACAAGAGUUAAUGGAACAAUCUGUGAGGAUGUAAAUGAGUGUAAAGUCUUCCCUGGCGUGUGCACCAAUGCUGAUUGUGUGAAUACACCUGGAUCAUUUAAGUGUGUCUGUUCUAAUGGUAUGACCUUGGACAGCAGUGGACGAACGUGUGUUGAUAUUCGUUUGGAGCACUGCUUUUUGAAAUAUGAUGAAGAUGAAUGCAUAGAACCUUUAGCAGUCCGAUUACGCAUUGAUGCUUGCUGCUGUUCUGUUGGUGCUGCUUGGGGACCAGACUGUGAGAGAUGUCCCAAAGAAGGCACAAGUGACUACAAAGCUCUUUGUCCGCGAGGAUCAGGAUUUUCUAGCAGAGGAGAACCCAAUGGGAAACCUUUGCUAAAAGAUAUUAAUGAAUGCAGGACUAUCCCAGGUAUCUGUAGCAAUGGGAAGUGCAGAAACACUAUUGGGAGCUUUAGAUGUAAAUGUAAUAGUGGCUUCGCCCUUGAUUCAGAAGAAAGAAACUGUACAGAUAUUAAUGAGUGCCGUAUCUCCCCCGAUUUAUGUGGUCCUGGAACUUGUGUUAACACGCCUGGAAGUUUUGAUUGCGAAUGCUUUGAAGGAUAUGAAAGUGGAUUUAUGAUGAUGAAGAUCUGCAUGGAUAUUAAUGAAUGUGAACGAAAUCCGGUUCUGUGUCGUGGUGGUAGCUGUGAGAAUACAGAUGGAAGUUUCAAGUGCAUCUGUCCUCAUGGCCACGAAGUGUCUGCAGAUGGAACGUCAUGUUUAGAUAUUAAUGAAUGUGAGUUGAGUGACAACCUUUGUAAAAAUGGACGCUGCGUCAACAUGAUUGGACAGUACCAAUGUGCUUGUAAUACUGGAUAUCAAGCAACACCUGACAGACAAGGUUGUGUUGACAUUGAUGAAUGCACAAUUGUGAAUGGAGGAUGUGAGACUUACUGCACAAAUUCUGAUGGCAGUUAUGAAUGCAGCUGUCGAAGUGGCUAUGCAUUGUUGCCAGACCAACGAUCUUGUACAGAUAUUGACGAAUGUGAGGAUAAUCCUGAUAUUUGUGAUGGAGGGCAGUGUGCCAAUGUACCUGGAGAAUAUCGAUGUCUCUGCUAUGAUGGAUUUAUGGCUUCUGAGGAUAUGAGGACCUGUCUAGAUGUGAAUGAAUGUGAGCUUAAUCCAAAUAUAUGUCUCAGUGGCACUUGUGAGAACACCAAAGGAUCAUUCAUUUGUCACUGUGAGCUGGGCUACUCUGUAAAGAAAGGAACAACUGGUUGUACAGAUAUUAAUGAAUGUGAGAUCAGUGCACAUAAUUGUGACAAAUUUGCUAUAUGUACAAAUACACCAGGAAGCUUUAAGUGUGCCUGUGCAGAUGGCUGGUCAGGAGAUGGCAUCAAAUGUUCUGAUGUGGAUGAGUGUUCAAAUGGAACCCAUAAGUGCAGCCCCAAUGCUGAAUGCAUGAACACAGAUGGCUCAUAUCGAUGUACAUGUAAAGAGGGUUACAAAGGAGAUGGCAUGUUUUGUACUGACAUUGACGAAUGUGCUGAAAAUGUGAACUUUUGUGAGAAUGGCCAUUGCUUAAAUGCACCUGGAGGUUACCGUUGUGAAUGUGACAUGGGCUUUGUGCCAACUGUGGAUGGCAGGGCAUGUCAAGAUGUUGACGAAUGCUCAUUUGCUGACAUUUGUGUCUUUGGAAGAUGCCAAAACCUUCCAGGACUUUUCAGAUGCGAAUGUGAUUUGGGUUAUGAGCUAGACAGGAGUGGCGGCAACUGCACAGAUGUCAAUGAAUGUGCGAAUCCAGUUAAUUGUAUAAACGGAAUUUGUGUCAAUACCCCUGGAAGCUAUGUUUGCAACUGCCCAUCUGAAUUUGAGUUGAACCCAACUGGAGUCGGGUGUGUUGAUCCUCGUUUGGGCAAGUGCUUCUUGGAAUAUUCAUUGCGUGGAGAUAACACCCUUUCUUGCAGUAAUGAGAUUGGAGUGGGAGUUUCAAGAGCUUCUUGUUGCUGUUCUUUGGGCAGAGCGUGGGGAUUUCCAUGUGAACUUUGUCCUUCUAUCAAUUCAUCUGAAUACAGAACUCUUUGUCCUGGAGGAGAAGGCUUUCGUCCUAAUCCAAUCACAGUUAUUCUGGAGGAUAUUGAUGAAUGUAAGGAAUUACCUGGACUGUGUCAAGGAGGAACAUGUGUCAACACUUUUGGCAGCUUCCAGUGUGAAUGCCCACGUGGUUUCUAUUUGAAUGAAGAAACCAGAGUAUGUGAAGAUCUUAAUGAGUGCAGCACUUCACCUGGCAUUUGUGGCCCUGGUACCUGUUUCAACACGGUAGGAAAUUAUACCUGCAUCUGUCCACCAGAUUAUAUGCAGGUUAAUGGUGGAAACAACUGUAUGGACAAUAGAAAGAGCUUCUGCUUCAAAUAUUUUGACCGUGAAAAUGGUACUUGUAAUGGUGAGCUGGCCUUUAAUAUGACAAAGAAGCUGUGUUGCUGUUCAUACAUGAUUGGAAAAGCUUGGAACAGACCAUGUGAGCAGUGUCCACUUCCUGUCACAGAUGACUUUCUGUUUCUCUGCGGUAGUCGAAGACCUGGAUAUAUUAUUGAUAUAAGCGGACAGGCAGUUGACAUUGACGAGUGCCAUUGGAUUCCCGGUAUUUGUGCUAAUGGUGUAUGCAUUAAUCAACUUGGGAGCUUCCGAUGUGAAUGCCCCAUGGGAUUUCAAUACAAUGACCAACUGAUCAGCUGUGAAGAUAUGGAUGAAUGUCAGAAUGGCCCCCUUUGUCAACAGAAUGCUAAUUGUAUUAACACUCCUGGGAGCUAUCGUUGCGAAUGUUUGCCAGGUUAUCGUCUUACAAUAGCAGGACAUUGUAUUGAUCGUAAUGAAUGUCAUGAUAUCCCCAAUGUUUGCAGUCAUGGUCAGUGCACUGACACUGUAGGAAGCUACUACUGCACGUGUCGCAACGGCUUCAAAGCAACACCAGACAAGACGAUGUGUAUGGAUAUUGAUGAAUGUGAACGGCAGCCAUGUGGUAACGGGACCUGUAAGAACACAGUUGGUUCCUAUAGCUGUUUGUGCUUUCCUGGAUUCAUGCUCUCUCAUAACAAUGACUGCAUUGAUGUCGAUGAGUGCACUACUAUGAAUGGUGCUUUGUGUAGAAAUGGACAGUGCAUUAAUACAAUUGGAACAUUCCAGUGCUUCUGCCAUGAAGGUUAUGAAUUGACAGCUGAUAGAAGAAGUUGCAUCGAUAUCAAUGAAUGUUUGGCUGUCCCUCGUCCUUGUACACCAGGCACCUGUCAAAACCUAGAUGGUUCUUACAGAUGUAUCUGCCCUUCUGGAUACUCACUGAUUGAUGAUAAAUGCAUUGAUAUCGAUGAAUGUGCAUCAGACCCUGGGUUGUGUGUAUCAGGUACAUGUACUAAUACUGAAGGAAGCUACAAGUGUAUCUGUCCACCAGGAUCAAUUCUCUCAGGUGGAAGAAGGUGCAUCGAUAUCAGAGAGAGUUUUUGCUUCUCUAAAUUUGAGAAUGGUGUCUGCUCUGCACCCAAGUUUAAGAACAUCACAAAGGCAACAUGUUGUUGCAGUCUAAUGCCAGGAGAAGGAUGGGGUGUCCCAUGUGAGAUUUGUCCCAAAAGCACAGAGGAAGCAUUUGGAAAACUGUGCCCCAGCGGUUUAAUUGGAACUAGGAUUGAUGUGGACGGUUCGCACGUAGAUACUGAUGAAUGUGCUAUAGACCCAGGAAUGUGUAAAAAUGGACAAUGCAUCAACACUGAUGGUUCUUUCCGCUGUGAAUGCCCGUUUGGCUUCAGUAUCGAUUAUACUGGAAUCAACUGUGAAGACACAAAUGAAUGUUCUGUUGGUAAUCCCUGUGGCAAUGGAACAUGUACUAAUGUGAUUGGAGGAUUUGAGUGUGCAUGUGAAGAAGGCUUUGAACCAGGACCGAUGAUUACUUGUGAAGACAUCAAUGAAUGUGCGCAAAAUCCUUUACUUUGUGCAUUCCGAUGUGUUAAUACUGUUGGAGGAUAUGAAUGUACAUGUCCUGCUGGCUAUGUUCUAAGACAAGAUGGGAAGAUGUGCCGAGAUCAGAAUGAGUGUGAGGAACAACUUGAUGGUUGUGCAUCAAGAGGAAUGAUUUGCAAGAAUCUGAUUGGAACUUUCAUGUGUAUCUGCCCACCUGGAUUAGUGCGAGCACCAGAUGGUGACGGAUGUAUUGAUGAAAAUGAAUGCCGCACCAAACCUGGCAUUUGUCAAAAUGGUCGUUGCAUUAAUACGCCUGGUAGUUACAAAUGUGAUUGCAAUGAAGGAUUUACAGCCAGUUCGACACAGACUGAAUGCAUUGACAACCGCAAAGGUUUUUGUUUUUCGGAAGUGCUUCAGACUAUGUGCCAGAUGGCCUCCAGUAGUCGAAAUCUUGUUACAAAGUCAGAGUGUUGCUGUGAUGGUGGACGUGGCUGGGGUACACAAUGUGAAAUCUGCCCUUUGCCAGGAACAGGACCUUAUAAGAAACUAUGUCCACAUGGACCUGGUUACACCACAGAUGGAAAAGAUAUUGAUGAAUGUCAAGUUCUUGCAAAACUAUGUCAGAACGGACAGUGUAUUAAUACUGUGGGAUCGUAUCGAUGUCUGUGCAAGACUGGUUACACCACCGAUCUAUCUAGCAUAUCUUGUGUGGAUCUUGAUGAAUGUGUACAGGCACCAAAACCUUGUAAUUUCAUCUGCAAGAAUACAGACGGAAGUUACCAGUGUGCAUGUCCUAGAGGAUAUUUGUUGCAAGAGAAUGGAAAAAGUUGCAAAGAUCUGGAUGAAUGUGCUACCAAGCAGCACAAUUGCCAGUUCCUUUGUGUGAAUACGAUAGGUGGAUUUACUUGUAAGUGUCCUCCAGGAUUCACACAGCAUCAUACAGCAUGCAUCGAUAACAAUGAAUGCAUUUCUGAGACUAAUGUUUGUGGAGCUAAAGGAGUGUGCCAGAAUAUCCCAGGCAGCUUUCUCUGUGAAUGCCAGCGUGGAUUUUUGCUGGAUCAAACUGGCCACAGCUGUGAAGAUAUUGAUGAAUGUGAAGGAAGCCAUCGUUGCCAGCAUGGCUGUCAGAACCUGAUUGGUGGAUAUCGAUGCAGCUGUCCACAUGGUUAUCUACAGCACUAUCAGUGGAAUCAAUGUGUUGAUGAAAAUGAAUGCAUGAAUUCUCAGGUUUGCGGAGGAGCUUCAUGCCACAACACACUGGGAAGCUACAAGUGUCUUUGUCCGACAGGUUUUUCUUUUGAGCAGCUUACUGGGUCUUGUCAUGACGUUAAUGAAUGUUCUUCGUCCAAAAAUCCGUGCACCUAUGGCUGUUCAAACACUGAUGGAGGCUACUUGUGUGGCUGCCCACCUGGAUAUUACAGAGUUGGUCAAGGGCAUUGCGUUUCUGGAGUGGGUUUCAGCAAAGGCCAGAUGUUUCCAAUAGGAGGUGACACAGAGGACAAUAGUUUAUCACCUGAGGCAUGUUAUGAUUGCAAAAUUAAUGGCUACCCAAAAGGAAGAACCCGAAGAACAACAAAUGAGAAAGAAGCUAUAAUUUCAAAUGAUGCAGAGGAUAACAAUGCAGACAGUUUGCAAAUGAGCCUUGCCAGUUUAAGUACAGAUAAUCCAUUUAUCUUCAAUCUCAACAUUUCUGAACUCAGCAAUAAAGACCACAUUCUACAGUUUGUUCCAGCUAUUUCUACUUUGACAAAUCAUGUACGUUACUUGAUUGACCUUGGCAAUGAAAAAGGUCUGUUCAAAAUUAACCAAAGGGAUGGUAUAAGCUAUCUACAUCUGACCAAGAAGAAGCCAGUUCCUGGAGCGUACUCGUUACAAAUAAGCAGUAUGUCCCUCUUUAAAAAGAAGGAACUUGAUCGGCUUGAAGAUAAGCAUGAUAAAGACUACCUCACUGGUGAACUUGGUGGAAUCCUUCAAAUGAAAAUUCAGAUUGUGCUUCAUUAAUACUGAAAAAGAAGAUCACACUGCUUCAGCUGAAAGAUGGACUCUUCUAUUGCCAAACAGAUUCUACAUAUCAUGGAUACAAUCUCUUAUUAAUUGUAAUAUGACUGAGCACUGCUUACAUCUAAUGUUAGAAAAGUCAGGAUGCAUACCAUAGCUCUAAACCACUUACUCAGGCUUUGUAUAAAUGCAGCGCUGCUAUUUCAGUAAGACUAGCUUUAGAUGUUGUACAAUGAUAUGUUGAAUUUUGAAAAACACCAAUAUGGACAUUCCAAUCCAUUCAUUGGACCACUGAUGCUAAGAAUUUCCACUGAUUUUUAGCAGAGCAAAACAUCAUUCUCUGCAUUGAAAGACGUUUCAUUGUAUUGAUCUUUUAAAUUUUACUUUGCAAAUUACAUUUCAGUAGAACAAACAUUUAUAUAUGUACCUGGUGCUAGUAACAUGUCAACCUAGAUUGUGACUGCACUGUAAUAUCUUACAAACUUGGUAGCCAAAAAUGCAAUUACUCAGUCUAAGUAUUACCAGAUUGUUUGUUCCAUUACUUAACAGAGAACCAAAGUUAGUCCAGUAGCUUAACUCAGUUAUGCAUUUUUCACUCAUGUAAAUUAAGUGUGUGUAUACUGCAACCAUGCUACUUUUUAAUCAUGGAAAAUUUUGUGUACCAGAUUUCUCUUGUGUGUGUGCGUGUGUGUGCGUGUGCAUGAGUGUUUUCUUUCCAGCCCUGAGUGAGGGUGUUGCAAUGGUGCUUUAAGAACAACUACUUCUAAAAAUUAGAAGCAAUAUCCCUCUGUGAAUAACGAAAUAUGCAUUGAAGACUUAACAGGAACCAAUCGGCCAUAGGAUUUCUAGCACACUCAAAAGCAAGACAAUCAAACUGUCAAACACAGCCUCAUGUAAAACAACUUAUACCAAUAUUUUUAUGCAAUUCAACAUCAACAAGUGUUUAGAUCUUCAAUGUCAGUAAUUCCACAAUAAAACAAUAUUUUCAGUUUUAA